AUGGGCGCACGGUGUAGGGCAACAUCCUUGAGAAGGAGAACGAGUCCCAGCGAGGAUUCUACUUUGUUCAAGGAACCAGAAAAGAGAAAAGUUCAUGCAUGUUUUAAAACAUCUAAAGAUCUACGCAUAACGAUCAUAAAUGCAAUAGUCGGACCCUGUGCUCCGACUCCCUUCACUUUUGGACGGUUGGCGAAGGGACCAGCUUCACUUGCGCUGCACCCCAUCAGCCAGACCUCCUUUACCUGA